AUGAUAUCCGACAAACUUCAAUUUCUUUUCCAUCUACCAUUCGACAUUCUGGUCCUCGUGCUGGAUCAGCUCAGCCCACCUGACCUGGCAAAUUUAUGCCGCACCUCCCAGUGCCUUUACCGAGCUGCGUUGCCUCACCUGUACAAACAUCUCACCUUUACAGACAGCCAGCGCUCGUCCUCUUUGGCUCACCGCGCCGCCCGAAAGCACGGUGCCCUUGUCCGAAUCAUCCGGCUCUCCAUCCAUUUUCAAGGCUGUGCCGAUAUUGGCUGUGAUCUGUGCCUCCACCAUGCCUUGGCAAAAUCACCCGGCCAUGUGUGCUGGGCCGUUGCCAACCCAGGCGGUGGCCUCCCACCCGCGGCAAAGGAGCUGCUGGAAGGACGCCAAGAGCUACUCCCGCAUCUCGAGUGCAUCGAGAUAGUAUUUCCUGCCAAGAACAACCACGUACACAUUGUGCCCAGCCAUUUGCUCCACCAUUCAGACCCCAGGUCUUUCAUACGACUGGAAAACAUGUGCAUCGUCACUAGGGCCGUGACCAAGGCUUUGUCGCGCAACAAAACCAUCGCCAAGUUGACGCUGGUCAACUAUCCCCCCUUUUCUCCCUUUGGAACAGACGAAACGGAUAGGCUUGCGUGGCAAAGACUGCUAGGUCAGGUGACCGAGUUUGAACUGUCUUUGUUUGGCAAUCAUGGAAGCGCAAGGAGUGGCAUGAUUGACUGGUUCAACCUCCGAGAGGCGUGGCCGGCUUUCUAUUCAACCAUCUAA